AUUCAAGAUGGCCGCUCGCGGUGUUGAGCGUGUUCUAGCAAAAUGUGAAGCAUGUGUAGAUGCUGGUAACUUUUAUGAAGCUCAUCAAAUGUACAGGACUUUAUACUUUAGGUAUGCAGCUGGUCAGAAGUAUGCAGAGGCUUCAGACCUCCUCUACAAAGGUUCCCUGACGUUACUUAAACACAACCAGUAUUCCAGUGGUGCAGAUUUAGCUUUGCUCCUUGUAAGUGUCCUGAACAGCUCAAAACAGGAAGUUAGCAAUGUUACAAUUGAUCGGGUUGCAACACUCUUCCAGCAGAUGGACCCCAACUGUCCAGAAAGACAUAAUUUCUUGACCUCAGCCAUAAGGUGGACAAACAAAGUGAAUGCAGACCACAAACGAGGUCAUCCUGACCUGCAUCAACGAUUUGGAAUUACAUUUUGGCAGGAGAAAAACUAUGCACAGGCUCGCUACCACCUUGUUCACUCUACCGAUGGGAAAGGAUGUGCAGCCAUGUUGAUAGAGUAUCAUAAUAGUCAAGGCUACCCAUCUGAGGUGGACCUGUUCAUCGCACAGGCUGUGCUGCAGUAUUUGUGCCUACAAAACAAGGACACAGCACAUGCUGCGUUUAUUGCCUACACAACUAAUCACCCACACUUAGAGAAGGGGCCUCCAUUUGUGAAACCUCUGUUGAACUUUCUCUGGUUUCUGUUACUGGCACUGGAAGGAGGCAAAUUAGCAGUGUUUACGAUAUUGUGUGAAAAAUAUGAAACUUCCUUAAAAAGGGAUCCUAGUUAUAAAGAGUAUUUAGACAAAAUAGGCCAGCUCUUCUUUGGAGUUCCUCCCCCUCAAGUCAGCCAAGGAUUGUUUGGGAAUUUGUUAAACAGUCUCCUGGAUGGUGGUGGUGCCGAAGACAGUGAUGACGACAAUUCUGUGACUGCCAGCACCGCUCCCAAAAGAAAAGAGACACAAUUUGAUAUGGAUUAAUUAUCUUGCAGAUGUGUGCCUUUUCUACGUGGUUAUCUCCCUUGGGGGCUCUGUACCUGACAUUCUAAAUACAAUUCUUGCAGGGUUUUGUUCCUUCAUUUAACACUGCAGUGAGGUGUGACAUUUGUUGCAUUCUAAUAUGAUUAUUUACAUUGAAAAUAUAUUCUUGAAAAUAUGAGACUGUUUGUGAUGCAUCUGAAUUUCAGUUAAUGGAUUAGUUGUAUUUGGAACACCAAUGCAAAAGUUAAAAUUCAUUCUCAGGCAGUGACUGUCAUAACAUUAAUUUGGUCAGAUGGUAUCAUUUGUUAUGAAGAUGUGAUUCUAGGCUGUCAGAACUUGUCUCCAUUGGGGAUGGUGGGGUAUCCUAGUGGUUAAACCAUUCGCUUGUCAUGUUUAAGGUUCGAUUCAUCAUUGCCCACUUGGGUGCAGUGUGUGAAGCCUAAUUCUGGUGUCCCCUGGUGUGAUAUUGCUGGAAUAUUGCUAAAAGCAGGGUAAAACCCAACUCACUCAUUCACUUGUCUCAUUGUCAUGUGUGAUAUACUUGUACUAGUGUCAGUAUGGUUUCCUGCUUCGGAGAAUGAGAAUGGCUCUGUAAUCAAGUGUAUGUAAAAAUUGUUAUUCACAUUGUCAGCUUCAGGGGUUUGUGUAGACUACAGCUUCCCACCAAAACCUGAGGGGACAUAGGUUACUUGGGGCGGUUGGGUAGCCUAAUGGUUAAAGUGUUAGCCCGUCAAGCUGAAGACCCGGGUUCGAUUUCCCACAUGAGUACAAUGUGUGAAGCCCAUUCUGGUGUUCCCCGCUUGAAUACUCCUAAAGGCGGCGUAAAACCAUACCCAUUCACUCACAUAGGUUAUUUCAUUGUGUAUUCACUAUCUUUGUCCAUCAAACUGAACAACAGCCUGAUCCUAGGGAGAAGGAAACUGAUGAGUACAAACACAUGGAGUUCAUAUUUCGUCAUACACAGCGCUGUUUCUUUCAAGGAAUUAUGUUUGAUGUGCAGCCUGUCUUCAGUACCUUGCUUCAAUAUAGGGCAGUUGUACAAUUCACACAGAGUUACUCUUUCACAGGGUAUCAUGUCCCAAAGACGUCAGUGACUUUACAUGGCUUCAUUUAAUGAAGGCUGAAACUUGAUACAGGUAAUCACUACACUGCUAUCGACCCAAUGUAAUCAAGGUGAUGAGGAACAUAGUGUAUAUUCACCCCUGAAGUACUGACUCAUCGAGAUGGUAGAGUUGUGACAGACCAUAACGACUAAAAAUAAUUGAUUUCCUUUUGUGUCCCUCUUAUAAUGACACACACAUGUGGGAGCUGUGCCGUGGGAGCCAUGCCAAUUUACGCUUGUCAGAAGGGUACACAAUGUACGUGAUCUAAACUACCAGGUGUCCGACUUCCAUUUUUGUGGAAGCUGCCGUGACUUAGAUCGCUGACUUUGAGUGCCUGACUCUGAGAGUGAGGGGAGGUGGUGUAGCCAAGUGGUUAAAGCGU